AUGGUUUCCGUUAGACUUAGCCUAGUGUUGUUCCUAGCUUCGGCUUUCGUCGUCUCAGCUCAAAAGUAAGAAUAAGUUUGAAUAUAGUAAUUGGCAGCUACUUACACGUUGUUAGUUAUUUUUGCACAAUCUCAUCAAAUUUUCAUUUCAAAAAUAGCUGAAAAAAUCAUUUUAGGAUAUUAAUUGUUACUUGUAACUUGUUUCAAUGACAGAAUGUCUUAGUUGUACUACAUUGAUCUAAAGAAUGUUUUCAGGAAAGCGGGUGGAGUCAGCUGCUAUCAAUGUAACUCGCUGACUACUGGUCAAGAAGUUUGUGAAGGAAGCGACGAGAAGAAGUUGGGCACAUACAAAAAGGUUCGUAUUUUAGUCGUACUUACUCCAAUAUGCCACCGUAGAUAUUUUUUGAUUUUAUUAGAAUACGACUGUAUCAUGAAGAAUUUAACUUGGUAUAGCUCAAAAGCUUUACAUGAACUUCCUUUUCUAAUAUUUAUUUAAAUCAUGCCAUAACAUUAUGACAUUCCAGCCUUGUCCCAAACUGACCGACGGUGCCUUAGCUGGAACUGAAGCCAACUCUUGCCGUAAGAUCAUCCAGAGAGUUGAGGGUGAAGAAGCUAUUGUCAGAGAGUGUGCCUACACUGGAGACGAAGAAGUUGACGGUAAGAGAAGAAUCGGCAACAAGGGCAUUGUGCUCUACUUGUACCAGUGCUUCAACGACGAACCAGUAAGUAUUUCAAAUAAUAUUGGCUCACUAUGUUCCUGGCUUGCUAUGUCAAGGUGAUGUUGUAAUCUUUCUUUUACUAUCGUUUGGUGAUAAAACGUAUUGACUUAAUAGUUGUAUUGCAUGACACAAGUUAUUUAAUAUUGACAUGAUAUUAGUCUCAGCUUUUGAUUGCAUUAUCAACCUACUGUAACGUAUAUUUUAGGGAAAGCCAUGUAACUCUGCCUCUACCUUGUCCCUCGCUACUGCCUCAAUCCUCACCGCAUUCUACUCCAUCUACCACUUGCUUCAAUAA